AGCAGUAACGGCCGGGGAGCGCGCGUGCGCGCAUUGCGCGACAGUGAGGCGCGCCGGAGGCUGCCCGGGAUAGCCAGCUCCUGAGCGACGCCGCCGGCAGCAGCGGGAAGAACAGCAGCAGGCGGCGCUACAGGCGGGGCGGUAGCGAGGGCACUACCUGGGGGAGGGGCUGGAGGCUCCUCCGCCUGCCUGGUGCCGGCGGCCGGGGUGGGAGCUCGUGUUGGGCACCAGACAUGGCCGCGGUCGCUGCGGAUGCCGCCCUUGCUGCCGAAGAGCGGGAGCCUCUGCUCCGCUCAGGAGGGGAUGACGAGAGCAGAUACGGGAAUGUUGUGGAAACCCAGCAGCAUUAUAGGAGUAGGUGGAGGUCCAUUCGUAUUAUGUACCUUACAAUGUUUCUCAGCAGUGUAGGUUUUUCAAUUGUAAUUAUGUCAGUAUGGCCAUAUCUGCAAAAGAUUGAUCUGACAGCAGAUGCAAGUUUCUUGGGAUGGAUUAUUUCUUCAUACAGUCUUGGACAAAUGAUAGCCUCACCUCUGUUUGGUUUAUGGUCCAAUUACAGGCCAAGAAGAGAACCACUUGUUGUUUCAAUUGCCAUUUCUGUGGCUGCUAACUGCCUUUAUGCCUAUGUCCAUUUACCUACUUCACACAACAAAUACUAUAUGCUGGUUGCUCGUGCCCUUGUGGGGUUUGGAGCAGGAAAUGUAGCAGUAGUUCGGUCAUACAUAGCUGGUGCCACUUCUCUUACAGAAAGAACUAGUGCCAUGGCCAACACCAGUGCUUGUCAAGCAAUAGGAUUCAUACUAGGACCAGUUUUUCAGACUUGCUUCUCUCUGAUUGGAAAAGGAGUGACAUGGGAAAUAAUUGAUCUCCAGGUGAACAUGUACACAGCACCAGUUCUACUGGGAGCUCUCCUAGGAGUUAUUAAUAUUAUUCUAAUCUUUGCUAUGUUCAGAGAACAUCAAGUGGAUGACAUAGGAAGACCGUGCAAAAGCAUCAAUUUCGAAGCAGAAGAAAGUGAUUAUGUGGAUCAGGAUGCAGGGAACAUUGACCAGGUUGCUGUUGUAGCAACCAACAUUCUCUUUUUUGUCAUCUUGUUUGUUUUUGCUGUCUUUGAAACCAUAGCUACUCCAUUGACAAUGGAUAUGUAUUCCUGGACCAGGAAAGAAGCAGUUUUUUAUAAUGGAAUAAUCCUUGGUGCAAUUGGCAUUGAAUCAGUCAUUGUCUUCAUGGUGGUUAAAGUAGUUUCUAAGAAUUUUCAUUAUUCACAGGAUGGUGAGCGUGCUACACUCUAUGGAGGCCUACUGAUUAUCUUGGUUGGAUUCUUUGUCUUGUUACCUUGGGGGAAAAAAUUACCAAAUAUCCAGUGGGAAGAUAUAAAGAAUAAUUCUGUUCCCAGAAUCAUCUAUGAAAUGUUUACACCUUUCUGGAAGCUCCAAACAACACAACUACCAUCCAAUCACACAGUAGAGCCAACAGGAUGCUCUGUUGUGCAGCCCUGGUGCCUGUACACUCCAUUGAUCCACUUGGCUCAGUAUAUAACCUCUGAUACACUGAUAGGAUUGGGCUAUCCAGUCUGUAAUGUCAUGUCCUAUAUAUACUCAAAAAUUCUAGGACCAAAACCUCAGGGUAUCUACAUGGGCUGGUUAACUGCCUCUGGAAGUGGAGCACGUAUACUGGGCCCAGUGUUUGUGAGCCAAAUAUAUACUCAUUUGGGACCUCGUUGGGCAUUCAGCUUAAUCUGUGGAAUAAUUAUAUUCUCUCUCUUAGUCCUGGAAGCAGUGUACAAGAGACUUACUGCAUUCUCAGUCAGAUAUGGAAUGAUGCAAUAGUAGAUUUAUUUUUAGCUAUGUAAAACGAAAAUCAGAAAUAUUUAAUUGUCUUGUUUUUAAUCAAGGGUGCCUCAGUACAGGCCUAUAGAGCUGUACUUGUAACUGAGCAGUGGAGCCUGUGAAGCAGGCAUAGCCUAAUCACUAAUACAUCUUGAUUAAUGUAAUUAUGCGAAGAUUACAUUCUUCCUUGAUAGCAAAAGUGGGAAAGCUAUGUUUGACCACAAUGCAGUGCUAGGGUAGUGCAUGCUGGAGUUUAUAGUUUCCAAAAGUGUCAGACCUUUGUGUUAAAUGAAAUGGCAACCGUAGGCCCUAGUUGUAGGAGUAUAGUGGCCAUAUUGUAAGCACAUCCUUUUAAAAAGAAAAAAAAAUGCUGCCUUGAUUCUGUGAAUCAGGAUUACUAAAGCUCCUUUAACUACAAGCUUGACUGAACCAUGUACACUUUGAAUCAAACACCCUACCUCUUUUAAUCAAAUAAGUGAAUGUUUGUUUCUGACAUGCAGUUUGUUUCAGUGGAUUAACCAACAGCUAAUAGGAAAAAUAAACAUUUUGUUCUAACAAGA